GAGGCUGCGGCGUAGCCUCAGUGUCGGCGCAGUGGCCGGGCCAUCGUGUCCUGCCUGUGCCCAGGUCUCCGUGCUCUCCUCUCCCUGUUUCUGAUCCUGUCGACAGUCAUACGGACUCUGCACGAUAUAUCGUCGUCGUCGUCAUCGUCGCCGUCAUCAUCUAACGUUACAUCUCUUCCGCGCGAUCACGAGGCCCUUCUUAUCCGUGGUAUCUACCGUGUCCUAUCGGGCAUCUCUCUCUUUUUCCAUCCCUCUUUCUUUCUCUAUUAUCUCUAUCUCUCUCUUUCUUCCCCUUUCUCGGUCUUCUCUUCUCGUCGAGUCGAGGAUCGAACGAAUCGCGGACGAACGGCGUCCGCGUAUCCGAUGAGAGCCGGCGCGUCGCGACGUGGUGCGACAUCCGGUGAAGUCGUCUUCUCGAAAGACGCCGCUUGACUUCCUGGCGCGGAAGAGUGCUAGUAAAAUUAUUCGCGUUACGAACGGUACGCGGGGUGCGCGGCUACAAAGAAGUGUAUCGCAUAAGGUGUACACUACGGGGGUGAUAGUGGAACGAUACAAGUUGCUCGGAAUUAGUAACGAACGGAGGACAUCCUUCACCGGGCAACAGCGGCCAGGAGGAUCGAGGUGAAGAGGUGGGAGCCAUGCCGCCCGGGCGAGCUUCCCUCGAGGCAGCCAGCAGGAUCGUUCAGCUACCGUUUCCCUAUCUUUCGAGGCUGCCUGCUCGUGUUCCCUUUUGUUGAGGUGAAGAACUGUGGAUUGGUGUAAUAAAACCUCGGCCCCAGGAGUAGCCCGGGGGUUACCCCGGGGACCUUGGGGAAGCGAUCGCGCGAGGACGAAGUGGCUGAGACCGACGAAGGAUACGGGAGGCGGAGGAGGAGGCCGCUAUGAACGCCAGCGUUAACGUCGAGAGGAACUCCUGGCGGCUGCCUCCCGAUGAGACCGUCCAGGUCGCCGAUCCCCGUUCAAAGUCAGCCCAGGUAAAAGAGGAUUUAACGUAUGGGGAGGGCGGUCACAAUUGGCGGAGUAUAAUUUUCUCACUGCUGGUCAUCGGCUUCGUUAUCGCUGGCAUCGUCACGGCAAUUUAUCUCCUCGGAUACGUUGAUGAGCUCUUGUAUUGGAGCGGCAGGCGUCUUACGUUAGACGAGUGCCUUCGUGAUGACCUGACACCACACAGGUUACCACCGACCUGGAUAUCUCAUGAAAAGUUCGUCUAUCAAGCUGACGAUGGUUCCCUUACUCUUUUGGACACUCGCAACAAUAUCGUGACCCUUUUAGUCUCUAAUCAUACGCUUAGACAACUAAAUGUUCAAGGCUAUGAGUGCAGCUCUGAUCUACGUUAUGUAUUGUUCAGGCACAAUGUCAAACCGGUCUUUCGGAACACUUUCACUGCUUAUUAUACCGUCUACGACGUCACAAACGACCAUCAUACACCACUUCAGUUGCAAGCAUCGCGACGUACGCAACAAACGCGACUGCAAUAUGCCAUUUGGUUGGGCAACACAUCCAGUCUCCUCAUGAUCUCCGAAAACGACAUUUAUCUUAGAAUGGGGCCUGCGACGGAGGAUAUUCGUCUGACCGAUACAGGCAUACCCGGAGUGAUUUACAACGGCGUGCCCGACUGGUUGUAUCAGGAAGAAGUAUUACCGAAACCGCAAGCGAUAUGGCCCAGUCCAGACGGUUCGCAUAUUCUUUACGCCACAUUUAACGACACCAGAGUGAGCGUGUUGGAGUUUCCUUGGUUCGGUACGCAGUUAGGUCAAGACGGAACCGGUUCGAGUUCUCUCGGCGCAUCCAAAUCCUUCCCGCCUUCCAGAUCAAUUAGAUAUCCGAGACCAGGUUCACCUAAUCCAGAGAUCGAACUAUGGAUUAUGGAUCUGGGGAAUGUGAGCUUGACGAAUUACAGUAGCAUCGGAAACGUCACAUUGCCAGCGAAAACGAAACUGAAGCCACCGCCGUCCUUAAACGGACAAGAUAAUUAUUUGAUAUCAGCCGGUUGGGUCGGCGAUGACGCUUCGCAGAUCGCUGUCGUCUGGAUGACAAGAAUGCAAAAUUUGUCGUUGGUAUCGGCCUGUCGUGCUCCAACGUGGGAAUGCGAAGAGACUCACUCGGAGAGAGCGCCCGAAGGGCAGUGGCUAGAUGCUCAACCACAUCCUCUCUUUGCUCCGGAUGGCGACAGCUUUUUGUUGCUGGCCACAGUACAGGAAGGCGACAAGGAGCAUUUCACGCAUAUAAAGCACAUCACACUCACGCAGCAGAGAAUAGCGGUACUCUCGCACGGUCCUUACGAGGUAAGCGAGAUCUUAGCGUGGGACACCAAGAAACAUCUCGUAUACUAUCUAGGUACCAGAGAGAGAACACCUGGCCAGAGACAUCUUUACGUGGUACGAGAUCCCACUGCGGAAGAUCCUCGUCAUUUCGAGCCAUUGUGCGUCACGUGUGAUCUUGGCGAAGUUCUUUGGAGCAGUAGGUUUUAUUACACGAAUUGCACGCAUUUCGGUGCUUCUGUUAGUCCAUCAGUGGACGACGAUGGACAAGGUUACUACGUACUGUAUUGCGAGGGUCCCGGCCUUCCUCUCGCUGCCGUGCACAUGACGUCGUCGCACAAAAUGGUCCGUGUGCUAUACGACACGAGUAUCCAACGCGCGGGCAAGCUGUCAGCACUGGCACUGCCUACCAGGAGAAACUUUGAGGUGCCAUUACCUCAAGGCUGGCGAGCGCAGGUGCAACUGUUGCUACCUCCGUCAUGGCGGGAGGAGCUCAGGGAUGCGGCGUUCCCCGUGCUCGUUGAAGUAAACGGCCGUCCCGGUAGCGAGGCGGUCACGGACAAAUUCCGGAUAGAUUGGGGAACGUAUAUGUCGAGUCAUAAUGACAUUGUCUAUGUGAGACUGGACGUACGCGGCGCUCGAGGUCAAGGAAAGAAGGAUCUGUUCAGAAAGAUAGGCGGUGUCGAGGUACAGGAUCAGCUUACCGUGUUGAAGCAUCUCUUAAAGACGCACAAGUAUCUCGACGAAACUAGAGUCGGCGUCUGGGGAUGGGGCUAUGGUGGAUACGUGACCGCUAUGGUGCUCGGCAAUCAGGAUAAUGUUUUCAAAUGUGGCGUUGCGGUAAAUCCAAUCGCCGAUUGGAUGUACUACAAUUCUGCAUUUACGGAACGAGUCCUCGGUGCUCCAGCUGAGAAUUACAAGGGUUACGUAGAAGCUGAUCUCACGCAACGAGCGAGAUUAGUACCUAGUCACAGCCUUUACCUCCUUCAUGGUCUAGCUGACCUCACUGCGCCUUACACGCACGGCGUUGCCUUCGCUAAGGCUUUGUCCGAAGCGGGAGUCAUCUUUAGAUAUCAGAGUUACGCGGACGAAGAUCACGCCCUGACGGGUGUGCUCGAACACGCUUAUCGUUCCAUGGAGGACUUCCUCGCCGUGUGCCUCGCCCUGGAUGCCUCCUAGUGCCUCAAGCCGAAAAAUUCUUUGUUGUCUCUAGUGCGCCUACUUCCGAUACAUCUAAAACGAACGUUGAAACAAAGACUUGCCCUCGAAAUCACGGCAAUUACACUCGUGAGCAGGAUGAUAUCCUGAAAACUCGUUUAAAGCCUGAAUCGCGAAAUAAAUCAGGCUGCUAAUUGAAAACGUGACAAAGCGGGAAAAGCAGAAACGCGGUCGUUUAUCUGAGAGAAUUAAGACAAAAUGAAGAAAGAACUCGCGUAUAUGCGAAUUUGUACGAAAGAAAGAUGGAGAUUGAUUUCAUUCACGGAUUAAGAAAAAAGUGGCAUUUGUACGAGCAAUAUCGUUAUAAGGUGUGUAUUUCAUUCAUCUAGAUAUUUCUCUUGGAGAAUUCAUCAAUUUUUCUCUCGUGCAGUCUUUAGUGAUAUAUACAUCACCGUCGUGAGGGAAUUCAGAAAUCUUGAAAGAGAUUUGACGAAAACGAGAAACGAUGAAUCCUCUUUUCUGCUUGGCAGUAUUUUUGUAUAUUAUCGAACGACAUCUCUCGCGCUUUCCACGUGGAUUCGAUAUUCGAUAGUUCCGUAAUUCGUCGGAUAAUGUGAAUUGUGCAGUAUACAGGAUAUUGUGAGAUUUGCAGUUUCCCGCGAGCGAUUUGUUCGAUAAUAGCGUAUCGUCGUACUGAAAGGACAAACGCGCGUAUUUGCCGUGAAAUCGAUUUUGGGUAAAUUUCGAAAAGCGAAAGAGAAAACGAGAUGCGUGUUUGAAAGUGCAGACCGAAUUACUAUGUGCGGAGCUUAUCGACGGCUUGCAAAUCCCUAGUCGUAGCGCCAUCGACAGGAACGACGUUGUGAAAUCGACGUCGCGUCGGGUGUUUGCAAGCUCGUCGUUAACGUUUUGCUGUGUUCCAAGUCCUAAGGGCGUUCAUAUAGAAAGAGCCUGAGAUUUCGUAGAGCGACUAAAGACGCGAUUAUUACGAAUUGAAUAAGAUUUUAACGUACAGAGCUUAUUGGAAGUCUGCAAACUUGCAUUUCUUUUUUGUAUCUCAUUUUUGCACACGGAGUUUAUCAAAUUAUAGUGUGUAUACUCGCGAAUAACGUAUCUCGAUAAAGGGAAAAAUUCUUCCGCAAACUGCAAUCGACACUUUUACGGUGGAAUUGAAAACUCGAAUUGAAAAUCUCAAAUCGAAUUACGUUUGUUCAGAAAGAGUUUGCAAGCUUCCGCGUCUCAUAUUCUUCUUUUUAGCUACGUCACUGGUGCCUCCUCGAUUUUAAAAGAGGAAAAAAAAAAGUAUCUACGCCUAUGCGGUGACGUUCGUCCACAGGCAUCGACAUAUUUACCAUUAUAUAUAGAAUCCGGACAGAGGGCUACCGUAAAUUUUGUGUUGUACAGCUUGGCGCCUAGUUCUAUGUAUCGUGACGCAUAAGAAAAAAGUUGUUCCACCCUUACGUACUUCCAUCUCGACCCGCCCCUCCUCCUUCCCUCUAAUCCAUUUAAAUUUUGGAUAUUUGUACAUACAUAUACACCUAUGAGAAAUGUGAGGCUCCUUCGACGAGAUUGCGUUGUGAUGCCUAAGAGAAGUCGCGAGAGAUUCAUAGAACAAACAUUAUCGUGCAUAGAUUUGUUUCUCCGAGAUUCUCUCUCGACAAGAUUUACAAAAAUAUACUUGUCAUAAAGUAUACAUGUGAAUUCGAAUCCUGUCGAAGGUGCAGAUGUUAGACUCGUUGUAUACCUUUUCGAGAUAAAUUAAUCGAUCCCGGAUGGAUGAACGAUGAUACUAAACAGACGAUAUACCUACUUAUGGAAUCGUCAUGAUUAGCUGUUGAUCAUUGAUCAGGCGCGAUCAGACAUUCGACAUAGAGGAUUCCGAGUAUUAUACUGUUCACUCGCGGUACUUUUGGGUGGAACUGUAGAAGACGAGAUAUGGCGAGGCAUUGUACGUUUAUUGUCACAUAUAAAUCAUUUCUACUACUGUUCCACUAUUGUGAAAAGCAAAUGCUCGGAAACAACCUGAUAACCGCAAUGUCGAAAAAUAUAGGACUCGUAAAUGUCUCGAAAAUAUCUCUUUGUGGCGCAUUAUUAAUAUAUUUUACAAUCUAUUUCAGAAAUUGGAAUGCAAAAAUCGAAAAUUUUAUUGCCUCGCGACUUUUUACGUCACGAUUUCAUUUUGCAUAAAUUUUAUCAAAUCGUAGAUAAUGUUCGAGACUCAUAGUAAAUCCAAGUUCAAGUCGUUAAAAAAAAACAAAAAUUAUUUGCGCGAGUCCUCAUAAAUGUUAAUUAGGGAAGAGGCGCCCUCGGACAAGGAAGUGUCGCACGUCGCCAUAUGUACGCUGCAUGAUCAGCAGCCCUUAAAUGCCGACAAUCAAGGCUAGUGCAACUAAUCAAACGAUAAUAAAUAGAGAAAAAUGAAGAGAAAAGAAAGCUACUUAAUAAUUUUAAUGAAUACUCGUGAAUGAUCGCCAUGGUUUGUGUGUAUUGUAAAUCGCGAUGUGUGUGCGAAGUCUAGUAUUGCCAAACUAUCGAGGCCGAAAAGACUUUGCAAAAGCAAUUUUUGCGAGAAUAGAAGUAGACGCGAAGGGUCGUUAGAGAGAACGAGAUGAUGUGCUCGCUGUCGACUGUAGAGAAAGUACAAAAAUAUACCGCCUAAUGGAGGCUUCGAAAAAUUCUCCGUGUUGCUUCGCUGGACGAAUUUAAAAUAUCCUCAACAAAAAUUUGUUUAAAUUCUGUUUCACUAUCUUUUUUUAACAAAUCUUUGUAACAAAAUAAUGGGCAAUAUUAUAUACAAUAUGUAACAAGCAUUACAUUCGAUGAGGUUCCUCCAUUUCGCGAUAAAUGAAUGGCCGUUUGUAGUGCAAGAAAAAGUUUGUCGUUAACAAUAUCGCUUCCAUUUACCCCCGAAUAAAUAUAUACGCGAGCGAUCGAAAUACGAAUUGUUAAAUCCAAGAAGCGUGAGAGGGAGGGAGAGAGAGAGAGAGAGAUAUAGAUAGAGUGAAAGAAAGAAAGAAAGAGAGCGAUUGAUUGAUUAAUUGAAAUUGAGAUGAGCUAUACAAAGGGAAGGAGGAGAAAAAAAGAAAUAAAGAUGGAGCGAAUGAUAUCGAAAGCGAGAGAGUAUGUGCGUGUGUAAAAAAUCACAAUCAAUUAUUAAAUAUAAUAAUGGCAGAAGAAAGUGAGAGGCAAAUUAAAUGUAAGCAUAGGGCAACGGAAAACAAAUUAUCACAAAGGCAGAUACGCAAAACAAGCAUGCGAAUUAUGAAAUUAAUCGCAACAAAGAAAUCUUGGUAGCAGCGCGUAAGGAUAUCCAUAGCUUUUGGUAAAACGUAUUAUCGCCAUUAGGCUAAAGAGAAAAAAAAAAGCAUAAAGGCAAAGAAAAGUAUACUCAUAAUCAUCGGGCAUACACAAAAAUACAUACAUACACAUUUACACAACGCAACAUAUUAAAAGAAACAGGUAGUUCAUGCGGAAAUAGAUAUAAGGAUUGGGCCCGUGCGAAUGCAUGAAUAAAUUCAUGCGAGUUACGUACAUUCGUCACAUAGGUCAAUCGACUGUUGAUUACCAAACAGAACGCAUCAAUUUCCGGCAAUUUAGAAAUUAGAUUUAAAAAACGUUAAAUUAUAUUUUCAUUGAUCCUCAUUAAAAAAAAAAAAAAAAA